CGCCGAUCCGUGGCUCUGUGAUAGACUCGACUUCCUGCGCCGCUGCCGUCAAAACUUCGCAGGCGUCUCUGACGAUCACCGAACCGGAGUUGGGUCCGUGCUCCUGGGUCGGCUGCUGGGUGUGAUUGUCGCUGCGCCGGAGCUAUGUUUCGCAACCAGUAUGACAAUGAUGUCACCGUUUGGAGCCCUCAGGGCAGGAUUCAUCAGAUUGAAUAUGCAAUGGAAGCUGUUAAACAGGGUUCUGCCACAGUUGGUCUAAAGUCAAAAACACAUGCAGUGUUGGUUGCGUUGAAGAGGGCACAGUCAGAACUUGCAGCUCACCAGAAGAAAAUUCUCCAUGUUGAUAACCAUAUUGGUAUCUCGAUUGCGGGUCUGACUGCUGAUGCUCGACUGUUAUGUAAUUUUAUGCGCCAGGAGUGUUUGGAUUCCAGAUUUGUAUUUGACAGACCACUUCCUGUGUCUCGCCUUGUGUCUCUAAUUGGAAGCAAGACCCAGAUCCCAACACAGCGAUAUGGCCGGAGACCAUAUGGUGUUGGACUGCUUAUUGCUGGUUAUGAUGAUAUGGGCCCUCACAUUUUCCAAACUUGUCCGUCCGCCAACUAUUUUGACUGCAGAGCCAUGUCUAUUGGAGCCCGUUCUCAAUCAGCUCGUACUUACCUGGAGAGACAUAUGUCUGAAUUUAUGGAGUGCAAUUUGGAUGAGCUGGUUAAACAUGGUCUGCGUGCCUUAAGAGAAACACUCCCUGCAGAGCAGGACCUGACCACAAAGAAUGUUUCCAUUGGAAUUGUUGGUAAGGACUUGGAGUUUACAAUCUACGAUGAUGAUGAUGUGUCUCCUUUCCUGGAUGGUCUUGAAGAAAGACCACAGAGAAAAGCACAGCCUUCACAGGCUGCUGAUGAACCUGCAGAAAAAGCGGAUGAACCAAUGGAGCACUAAGUGAUAAAGCAUACAGGGCUAUGAGGACAGAGGGACAUACGCUGGUGCAGUAGUCUGCGCUCAAAACCAACAUCUGCAGAGCAUGGGGUGGGAGGUUUUAGGAAUCAGUCCAGAUGUGAGUUUUCUCCGAGCAGCUUCACAGAAACCAUAUAAUGGGUGCAUUUUCUUUGAAAGGGUCUACAUAAUCAUUUUCUAGAAAGUAUAGGUAUCUAUCCCAAUGUUUUUAUAUGAAGAAAAUAGUGUCUUUGCAGUUUUAAAGACAACUGUGAAAUAAAAUUGUUUCACCUCC